AUGUUCAAAAAUUCAGAAAAAACAUCUGGGAGUAAUAAAUGAAUAUGUCAACAUCUAAAGAAGUCGAGAAGUUCCAAGUAAGACUUAUUCAGGAUGAUUUUAAAUCCUUGUUCAACUAUGAGCAAGCAGCGAACCUCCUUGAUUCCUUCCGCUCUUUGGAGCUGAACUAUCAGUCUUUCCAAAGCGGACUGGAUUAUAGAUGCACAUUGGUCGGGCACAUCCCGUCUGAAGAACUCUCAGAAGUGUGGAAAAGUUCUUUGCCAAAAGGUCUUGUCUAUAAUUAAUUCGAAAUUGUCUGUAGUUAAUCGGUUUUGCCAAUAA